CACCGGUCUGUUAAGGCGACACGGGGGACCUUUGUCUUUGUGUGGUAAUGGGAGCGCGCACAGCCUCGGGGCCGCCGCCGUGCCGCCGCCACCACCACCGCCGCCGCCGCCUCGGCCAAUGAGGAGGCGCUCCGCUCUGCUCUGCCCCCGAUAAAAGGGGCCGUGCCGCGCGAACACCCCGACCCAGACCCCAGUGUCCGAGCCACGGGGCCCCUCUCGUGCCGAGCAGCGAGCGGGAACCACACGCCACAGCCCAGCCCCGCUGUUUUACACGAGGCUCGCUCUUCCAUUGACACACGCGCGCGCGUGCGCGCACAGACACCGAGACGGACACAGGCGCGCCUGUCUGCCUGCCUGCGAAGUCUGUGCCGUCGGUCUGUCACGCGAAGCCAGCCGUCGUCACAAUGACCGAGGUGUUCGAGUGCAGUUCAGCCGACCCGCGGCCGGACUUCAUGAAGAGGGACGCCGACCUGUACGGACUGAACCACCACCACCACCACCAACAACAACAACAACACCUUCAGCAGCAGCAGCACCCUCAUCAUCAUCAUCACCCGCAGCACCACAGCCAUCACCAUCAUCAUCACCCGCAGGCGCAAUCGUCGCCCACGCUGCCCGAGUCGUCUUCCACCGACUCCGGCUGCUACUACCACCCGUCUCCGUCGAGCGCCUAUCAGGCGUACGGACCCUACUGCCCGCCGGCCGCCUACAACCAGACCCCGCUGAGCCCCUACGCGUACCACCAGCUGGGGCGCGGCGCGGAUGCCCUUCACGCGGGGUACGGCGCUGUCAAGGCGUUCCCGGGACAGCGCGGCUACGGCGCCGCGGGAGGAGCGGCCGUGGGAGGGGGCAACGCUUACGAGGGCUUCACGCACGACGCGGCUGGGAAGACCAGCGAAGAUGAUGAAGCGGCGGACAAAGACGACGAGGAGGAGGAGGAGUCGAGGCAGAGUGGAGUGCGCAUGGUGAACGGGAAACCAAAGAAGAUCCGCAAGCCGCGCACCAUCUACUCGAGCUUCCAGCUCGCCGCGCUGCAGCGCCGCUUCCAGCAGACGCAGUACCUGGCGUUGCCCGAACGCGCCGAACUCGCUGCCUCCAUGGGACUCACGCAGACUCAGGUGAAGAUCUGGUUCCAGAACCGGCGCUCCAAGUUCAAGAAGCUGGGCAAGAACGGCGAGGUGGCGCCUGCACACGCCAGCCCGAGCAGCAGCGAUCCGAUGGCCUGCAACUCCCCCGCAUCUCCGGGUCGACAACACCAGCAACUCAGCUCUGCCGCCCCACACCUGCACGGAGUGCCAGCGCCCUGGGAGUCACCUUUGAGCCCCGCUGGGGGUCUAGGGGUCCCAUCGGCCGCGCUGCAAGCCCCGCACCACCUCCCGCAGCACCCCUACUCACCCGUGCCGCCCUGGUACCUGCAGCACCAGCAGCACCAGCAGCAUCAACAGCAGCAGCAGCAGCAGCAGCAACAGGAGCAGAGCGGAGGUCCCACCGCGUUCAGGCACAGUCCACCGUCACUGCUGGCGCUAGCGCAGCCGAAUGUAAGUGGCGCCACUUCGGCAGUGUACUAACUUAACCAACGCGGUGUUCUAACGCACGUGUGCGUACGCACGCACAUGUGCACACACACAUACACGUGCACACGAGGCUGUGUGCAGCAUGGAGCUGUGUGUUAGCACCCGCGGUGCUCGCGUGGUGAACUCUCCUAUCCCGAGAGCCCCCCCCUGCCCCCCCGCAUGAACCCCCCACAUGAACCCCCCACAAUUGUCCCACGCGGCAGAUGAACAACCACUGCGUCGUUCUUAUUCAAGAGGAAGGGUGCUCACUUUGAGGACAGGACUUUCCCGUUUAUAAUUAUAGAGUGAGUGGAUUAAUGAGUCCGUCUUGGUUAUUAGCGUUGCUAGCCUCAGGGAAGGGAUGUUCUACAACGAGCCCACUCCUGCACGUAGAUACGACUCGCCGCUAAGUGGUGGCGACGUCACCUCCGUGCUCGCCGCACCAGGCUAGGUGCACGUUGGGGGGGGGGUCAAGUGUGUCAAGAGGCAGAGGGUCACAGGCCAGACCCAGAUGUUAUGGGAUGACUGACUGAGGUAACUGGCAGAGGCAGCGUCAUCAUCACCACAUGGACCGCCUGUUGCUGCUCCUAGCUCACACGCACAUACAUACUCAAAGGCAAAGAUCCCACGUGAAGGUGUUUUAACAGACUGUAGGAGCACACACACACAGACACGCGGGCUACGCGGAGCUCGUGUCAAAGACGCAUGGAGCCUCAUUUGUACAAUGAUCCAGCAGUGCCUUUUUUGGGUUGUACAUGGAAUUUCUAACUUAAUCGGCGUGUACUCGCAUCGUUUUUGUAAAAUACAAGAAUGUACAUAGAGAACAAUUGUUGAGAUUGAACGAGGGGGGGAACAAAUGUCAACACUUUGCGCAUUACGAUGUUUUGCAUGUAACUUAUUGAUUCCUUUUAAGUGCCGCCGCGAUUUGAUUUUGUUACGGAACUCGCCGAUUAAUUUUGGUUUGUUUUUUGUGAAGCGGCGUCCCGUCACUUCGGUUACGAUGUACAUAGCUGCUGCUACUGCUGCUGCCGAUGAAGCAACAUCCUGUCGAUGUACUCACAGACUGCACCAUUUACGAAUCGAUGCAUUAAUAAAGAUACGCGCUCUCUUUAAAUCAUGUCAGCUGGCAUUUGUCUCCUGCUGCAUACCACCCGCCUCUUGCCUACACGCUAUAUAGUGCCGUACACACGUAUCUGUAUAUGGAGCGCCGCAGAGCUUGGGCAGUUGCUAGAGCCAACUUAACGCGUCGCUGCAACGCGCCCCGUCCGUCGCUGCGAGAGAGAAUUACUAUUACUAUGCAGUAUACGUAUACUGUAUAUGCGCGUGUAGUUACUACACGCGCGGUGGUGAGCACGGCGCACUGUGAACCCGAUCAUCUAGGUUUGAAUCCCGGCCACGGUUAACAUCAGUGGCUCGUGCUAUCUGAACCGGUUCUAAUUUGACACAGCCUUCAAAAAAUUAAGUGCCGGGUGCUCUGUGCACACAUCAGCAACUGGGGCGGAGUGCUAGCCACGCCAGGAACCCCGUGCGUUCAUACGCUCGCGUAAUUACCCCCGAGCGCAAACCGUCACGAGGGAGGUCCUCAUCCCGUCCGUGAAUUGACGAAGGAGCUGACAUUAAUACAAUUCGUUCUUUCGUAUGUUGGCACGACUCACGUGACAUCCAUGCACUCAUCAAGGUUGGUUAUUACGAUUCAUAAUUAUGACUACAAAAUGAGGGGGGAGGGGGUUUACACUCCAAUAUUUUGUUUUUAUUAUCACAAUUAACAUUUGCGGAUAGUUUAUAAAUAUAUAAAAAUAUGUUUUACAAAAAAACUCAUCUCACGCGGUGUACAAUUUCAGCCGUGCCUAUGUCAAUGGAGCGCACUUGGGCGCAUCGCACGUAACGCGGCGAUGAUACCGCUGGAAGGUCGUGCGUAGUUUACACCACGCAAACACGCACGCACGGCACGGCACAGCGCGCGCACGGACCGAGAGCACGGAGCGCGUAGCGGCAUCACGUGGCAACUCGUCCGGAAAAUCUGUUUCUAAUUUUCGGUCGCUUUGAAGUGCUGCCCAGAGUCAUGUGUUUUGAGAAAAACUACCGAGUCAAAAUAAAUAUAAAUAUAAAAGUAUACGGGGCUGUAGAAGCGUCGCUCCACGUGAUGUCGGCGAAUUCGCAAAAUCCUUCCCUUGUCACGCAAACGUCUCUUCUCUUGUCGAUCACGCGACCUAGUUUUCGCAGCUGCCGCUCCCCUCAGUCCCGACGGGGAAGUUGUCAACGAGCAAAAAAAGCCACCGGUGAAGACCAACGCCGACCAUCGGAACCCUUCACAGCUACACCGAAUAUCCCCGACGUCCACCGGUUACCACACGGUUCCCGUAAUCACGACAGCCACUGCCACGGCCAGGACUGCUUGGCAGAGACCGCAGGAAUGGAGGGGUGAAUCAGCACCUAGCCAGUUCAUUAUUGCGGAUCGUACGGUCAAAGUCUGUCCACGUGCAGGUUCCAACACUGCCACGUCAUCGAUGGGCUCUGCUGGACAGGUUCCCGACACGGAGCAAGGCCGAUGUGCGGCCAACCUUCACCGUUGGUGCCUUCAUGACGAUCUCCAGACAUGCAGUUGUGGCUCUGUUAAAAAAAAAAACACACGCAACGUGGCAUAUCGUUAAUGAUGGCCCUCUAAUUAGGUUCACCGGAUGGCUACCGAGUGAGCUACACGCAGCCAGCGAGGACGCGACCGCGUGGCUCGGCGAUUACGCACGUGCUGGAUGAAUCUGCCAUUGCUGAUUAUUCGCUCGGUGCUGCUGCUGAUGCAUGGUUGAAGGGUCUCUGCUGAAGAACUCGCCUAUUAUUUCUUAUUGUAUGUGCAACAAAGAAGGGUCAUUGAUCGAA